CCGCUGCAGCCGUGCGCAGACAGAAAAUCAGCAUUCUUGGAAGACACUUUAAAUCCGAAGCUCCUCUGCCUUUAUUGUUUUAUUGUCGUCAUCAUCAUCAUCAUCAUCAUCAUCAUCAUGCCAUUUCUAGGGCAGGAUUGGCGAUCACCUGGGCAGAGCUGGGUGAAAACUGGAGACGGGUGGAAAAAAUAUUCAAACGAAGAAGACAACAACUGUGUGAGCUUUGAGAGCAACUGCGAAGGAAAUAACAAGGAAAAUAUUUUUGAUACCUUCAACUGUGGCGUGGCCAUCAAGAAAAGGAAGAAGGAUCUUCUGAACAACAACGCCAAGCUCCCAUACUUUUACAGAGAUAAAUGGAUAUACGUGCAUAAGGAGAGCACCAAAGAGCGUCACGGCUACUGCACCCUCGGUGAAGCCUUCAACCGUUUAGAUUUCUCAAAUGCAAUUUUGGAUUCCAGAAGAUUUAACUACAUAGUGAGGUUGCUGGAGCUUAUCGCAAAAUCCCAGCUCACUUCGCUCAGCGGAAUCGCCCAGAAGAACUACAUGAACAUCCUCGAGAAGGUGGUGCAGAAAGUUCUGGAAGAUCAGCAGAAUAUCCGCCUCAUUAGGGAACUGCUUCAGAGCCUCUACAGAUCCCUCUGUAGCCUGGUGCAGGGCAUGGGCAAAUCUGUGCUGGUGGGCAACAUCAACAUGUGGGUGCAGCGCAUGCAGAACAUCCUCCUGUGGCAGCAGCAGCUGAAUAACAUCCAGAUAACACGGCCAAACCCGGCAGGGAUGACCCUGACAGACCUUCCUGUGUGCUUACAGCUGAACAUCAUGCAGCGGUUAUCCGACGGGAGGGAUAUCGUCAGCCUGGGGCAGGUGUCUCCAUCCUUGAACAAGCUCUCGGAGGACAGGCUGCUGUGGAAGAAGCUUUGCCAUUAUCAUUUCACAGAUCGGCAGAUAUGCAAGCGUCUGAUUGUAAAUGAAAAGGGUCAGCUGGACUGGAAGAAGAUGUACUUUAAGCUGGUGAGAUGUUACCCGAGAAGAGAACAGUAUGGAGACACCCUCGUCUUCUGUACCCACUGCCACAUCCUCUUCUGGAAGGAUUCCUGCCACCCCUGUACGGCUAACAACACAGAGUCCUGCUGCAUUCCUGUUGCACCACAAGACUUCAUCAACCUUUUCAAGUACUAAGAGUCACGCUUAAGGAGCUGUGUAUAUUUAUUUGUGGAUUUUCCUAUAAAGGGUGACAUGUACAGUAUGGAGGAGGACUCGGAUGAGAUUUUUGUAAAUAAUGAACUGAACUCGAAAAAGGAAAAAACAA